CAUUAUCAACCCACCUCAAUUGACUAUUGUUAUAACGAGCUUUUCCGUUCUUCCCCAAUUUUCUUCCUUUUCUCGGCCUUCCUUUUGCUUCUUAUAACAAUUUUGGUUCAAGUAAAGCAUCGAGGAAGGCAGGAAUCAAAGGGAAAUCGCGAAGGAGAUGAUUUGAUCAAGGCACCCAAAUCCCAAAUCCAGACCUCUCUGGCCCUAUUGGCAGAUGCAGGGAGAGAGAGAGGCUAGAGCGUGGGGGGUAUGAAUGAAGUUGGAAGCUUGUCAGUUCUGGAAUAUUAAAUUUGAAGCUAUCUCGUUGGGAAGGGAGCAGAAAAUCUUAAGGAUUUCCCCACAAGGGUCCUCUCCAGAUCUACAUUUCUUACCAACAAUCAGAUACCUACAUUCCACCCACCCUCAUUCUUCCCUUCCUCUGUUUCUCUUUUUAGGUCACUCUCCAUCUGGGUCUUGUCCGGUCUUCCAAUUAGGUCUGCUCUCCCUUUUAUCUUCAUGCUUUUGGUCUCCUUCACCGAUUUCUCCUUUGAUUUUCCGUCUCACCUGCGUUUCUCGCGCUAGAGCCAGCUCCCCUUGAUUUUGCUUUGCUCUCUGCCUCCAUUAUAUAAAUCCCCACAACAUUAGCCGAAGAAGUAGACAGCUUUUGCAUAAAGUAAUGCGGUUCAAUUUGGGCUUCCCCAUUAAGGUUUAGUGGAGUUUCAGGUAAUCGCAAAGCAGUUCCCAGGAGGGAAAAGACGGAUCUUUGGUUAUUGGGUUGUGCUUGCAUGCGUUUGGUGCUGAAAUCUACUACAAGAGGGUCAAUUUUGAAUUGGGGCAAAAGAAGAAGAAUGGGAGGGACUGGUCCUUUCAUCCCGAUUCUUGGGGUUGCUUCAUGUGUGGUCUUCAUUUAUCUUUCAUUUGGCGACCUGUGGCCGGCGUAUCCUGUGGGACCGGCGUGGAGUUUUGUGCAGAGAAAUGGGACUCGGUUUAUGUUGGAUGGGAAGCCGUUUUAUAUCAAUGGGUGGAAUUCGUAUUGGUUGAUGGACCAUUCCGCCGAUAACCAGAGGAAACACAAGACUACUGCAAUGCUGGAAGCUGGUUCAAAAAUGGGUCUCACCGUCUGUAGAACUUGGGCGUUCAAUGAUGGCGGCCACAAUGCACUUCAGGUCUCUCCUGGCCGAUUUGAGGAGAAAGUUUUCAGGGCGUUGGAUCACGUGAUUGCUGAGGCGAAAGCACAUAAAGUCAGGCUGCUUCUUAGUUUAGUGAAUAACUUAAAACCAUAUGGCGGUAAGGAUCGAUAUGUGAAGUGGGCUUGGGAAGAAGGGGUUGGCUUGAGCGCUUCCAAUGAUUCUUUCUUCUAUGAUCCAUCCAUCAAAAAGUACUUUAAGCAUUAUUUACAGACCAUGCUGACAAGAAGGAACACUGUCACGGGAUUGGAAUAUAGGAACGAUCCAACCAUCUUUGCAUGGGAAUUGAUGAAUGAACCCCGUUGCAUGACAGAUCCUUCGGGAGAUACUGUUCAAAAUUGGAUCGAAGAAAUGUCGGCUUACGUGAAAUCAAUUGACAAGAAUCAUCUACUAACAGUGGGGCUGGAAGGGUUUUAUGGUCCUAAAAACCCCAAAAGACUGACUGUGAAUCCAGCAGAUUGGGCUGCAGACCUUGGAUCUGAUUUCGUUCGCAACUCAAAGGUUUCACACAUUGAUUUUGCCUCUGUUCACAUAUACCCUGACCAUUGGAUUGCUCAUCGAUCAUUUGAGGAUAAACUGUCAUUUGUUUCCAAGUGGAUGCUCUCACAUAUCGAAGAUGGUCACUACGAGCUGAACAAGCCUGUUCUCUUCACCGAAUUUGGAUUGUCUAAUCUGAACAAGGACUUCCAACCAUCUCAACGGGACUGGUUAUACAAAACAGUUUAUGAUAUCAUAUACAAAUCUGCCAAGAGAAAGAGAGCCGGAGGUGGUGCUAUGAUGUGGCAACUAUUUGUCGAAGACAUGGACGAUAGUAAUGAUGAUUUCGGUAUUGUCCCGUGGGAAAGGGCAUCAACAUAUAAGUUGAUAACCGAGCAGUCAUGCAAACUGGCAAAACUCCGAGGCGCCAUAGAAGAGAACCAGAAUCUGAAAGAACUGUGCUUGCGCAAACAGUGAUGGAACAAUCUUGAAGUUCAACACUUUCAAUUUUGUGUGCACAAUUCUGUACGAGAUGAACACGCACCCACUUCUGGGCUUCUACCUCUGCUCAUCUCAAUUUUAUACAGAAUAUUUACUAUAUGGUAGCAUAGACGAAUUAGAUAUAGAGGUCAUCAUGAAAUCAAUAUGGGUGCUUUGUUGUAUAAUCUUCUACCAUGAUAAUAGAGGAGAGAUUGGAUUGAGCUGCUUUGCUGUAAGAUCUAGGAGACAUUGGAUUGAUCAUAUAACAGUUUAGCUUGCAGGGUUACAAUUGUUGUAACAAACACAGGUGCUGUACCGCAAACUCAUUUGCAAUUAUCAUCGAUGAGACAUUGGAUUGAUAAUGUUAGACAAACUAUAAACCUAUAAACAUCGAUUCACUAUUGAGAACAAAAGCAAGGAAAACCCUUAAAUCGCCGAAAGAUAAAGGACUACCCCUAAACACACGAUCAGAUCUAGCUCGAUUUUUGCUUUGCCAACCUUGGCGAAGUCCUAACACUCCCACCAUCGCCUCCAGCAUCAGCAGGAACCUUUUGGCCAUCUUCCCCAACUUUCCUCAAUCUCUUCUUCGACUUCUUCCCUUCGGAACCCUCUUUGUUCAACUCUUCCACAAUCUUCAUCACCGAAUCAGCACCCCUGUCAUGGCCUUUCUCCAACCCACUUCUCCUUGUCCUCACCCCAACCGAUUCUACGGAUUCCUGCGUCUUACCGUUCUUUUUCAUCGCCUCAGUUUCCUUGGCAACCCUCUCAAACUCCCCAACCAAUUUCCUCGCCGGAAAUUUCUUACCCCUGGUUCUCUCCCUCUUAGGCUCAUCUUCUGGGUUUUCACUCUCAUCCUCGAAUAGAUCCAUGAACUUCCUCUUCUUCGUCACUCUAGGCGCCGGAGGGGGAGAAGUGGAUCCUGCCCUCUUCUGAUUCUUCUUCCCGGCGGCUUCUAGGCCGGCAUCGUUCUGCUUCUUGGGGGUAUUUCCCGUCUGCGAUUUGACUUGCUUCUCCCGGAACUUGCGCAGCCUGUCGAUGUUACCUUCGAUGCGACCCUGGAGGCGGAAGCGCUGGGUGUUGAGACCUCCCAUGGACCAGUGAGCUUCAUGAGCCCAGGAAAGGAAAGGAUCCAUGACUGAGACAGGAGGAUCGACGCGUUCAGUUAGAUCAUCGAAGAUUCGAGGGCCGGGGUGGCUGCUGUGGUCGAAGAAUCGAGGGCGAGGGAGGCUGCUGCCGUAGAAGUUAGCAGGACGGAGAGCGACUACCAUGAUCGGGAAUAGGUAACGGCGAUAUGGGCUUCUCUGGGGAAUUAAAACAAGCAGGUGGUGGGGGAAAUGAGGAUGGAAGAGAAUUUGGGUUUGCUGUUUGGAGGAUUGGAGUUAGGGUUUAAAUGGGAGGGAAAAUUGAGGUUAGGGUUGGGGAUCUGGCGGGACGGGAACGGGAGGGAAAAGAUUGGCGCGCUUGGUGAAUGGCGGGAGUGGCUUUGGCGGUAGAAGUUGGCGCCGAGCGUUUCGUGUUUUUG